ACCCAGUCUCGACUUCUUUCUCAUAGUUGACUCCGCCAAUCAGCGCGCGCCCUGCUGAGCUCACGAGCUGGCUGGCUACAUCCCCUCAGCUGCGCGAGCUGAUCUAAAGUAACAAAGAACUGAACGUGCUCUCGAGGACUGUUACGUUGUUACCGAUUACCGGAGCCUCUGGCGAGCAUACGGAUGAUUACCGGGGAAGGGUCCGCCUGUUUCGGUUGGGAGAGACAUUUCCUGGACGUUUGACAGUCUCGCCAAGUCCACGUCUCCGCGGUGAGAGGCUCAUACCUGUCUGACCCCUGACCCUAACCUGGAUGGAGAUGAGGUUGUUAUAGCAGCUAGCAGGACUGUCUGGCAUGAGACGGAGACUACAUCCUGCGUCGGCUCGCCUCACUUCCUGUUGCACAGGAAGUCUCUCUCCAAACCCACAUUGAUGAGGUAGCAUAGGCUGUAGAAGAGCACCACCCCACACCAACCCCCCCCCUGUCCUCCCCCCUCUCCCCCCCCUCCCCCCUCUCCUCCCUCCCCCUCCCCAGCAUGGGUCAGAAGGUCUCUGGGGGGCUGAAGCCGGUGGAGGGUCGAGGCGAGGCCUGCCCCCCCUCCUACCGCCCCUCCGCUCAACGCCACUGUCCCCCUACUCCUCUGAUUGGCCCAGACUCCUCACGCCCCGCCCGCCUCGACCUUCUAUUGGACAUGCCCCCGGCGGGGCCCGAGGUGCAGCUGCGCCACGCCUGGAACCCGGACGACCGCUCGCUCAACGUGUUCCUGAAGGAGGACGACCCGCUCACGCUGCACCGCCACCCGGUGGCCCAGAGCACCGACGCCAUCCGUGGCCGCGUGGGUUUCACCCGCGGGCUGCACGUUUGGAGGGUCACCUGGCCCGCACGCCAGCGCGGCACACACGCCGUGGUGGGCGUGGCCACGGCCGAGGCCCCGCUGCACUCGGUGGGGUACACUGCCCUGGUGGGCAGCAACAUGGAGUCGUGGGGGUGGGACCUGGGCAGGAGGAGGCUAUGCCACGACAGCAAGAACCGUCCGCUGGGCUCACUGGCGUCGUACCCGCGCCCCCUGGAGGGCGAGGAGGGCUGGCCGCUGCCAGACGCGCUGCUGGUGGCGCUGGACAUGGACGAGGGCACUCUCAGCUUUCUGGCCGACGGACACUUCCUCGGCGUGGCCUUCAGUGGGCUGCGGGGCAGGAAGCUGUACCCGGUGGUGAGCGCUGUGUGGGGGCACUGCGAGAUCUCCAUGUGCUACAUCAACGGGCUGGACCCGGAGCCCCUCCCCCUGGCGGAGCUGUGCAGGAGAGCAGCGCGCCUGGCUCUGGGGAGAGACCGUCUGCACACCAUCCCCUCCCUCCCCCUGCCUCCCGCACUCAGGGACUACCUGCAGUACCAGUAACCUCCCCUCUUGUCUCCUCCUCACCUCCCCUCUCCUUUCCUCCCCCCACCCAAGGCCCUCAAGGACUACCUCCUGAACCAGGCCCCUCUCCUCCUUCACUCCCUUUCCUCAUGGAUGAUUGACAGUCCCAGCAUCCCAUGCUGGUUGAGGACACUAGCUCCCCUGCUGGCUGGACUCAGAACUGCAACCAGAGAAGCACACUCAUACCCUGGAGGCCUUUAACCAUGGUAACCACAUCACCUGUCACCAUGGUAACCAUACCAGCUUCCCAGGGGCCCCGUCACAGCAGACAGAACCAUGGAGUGGGCUGUCUACUGGUCUAGUCCUGGUCUAGUCCUGGUCUAGUCCUGGUCUAGUCCUGGUCUAGUCCUGGUCUAGUCCUGGUCUAGUCCUGGUCUAGUCCUGGUCUAGUCCUGGUCUAUUUGUUCCACAUAGACAGCAGCUUCCUGAUGUGGUCAGGACCCUCAUAUGAUGGUAACACUGGAGACCCACACACACUAACGUAGUACACACACACACACACACACACACUAACAGUACACACACACUAACAUAGUAUGCAACACACAUGCACGCACACCAAUGUAGUACUUAAAGACACACACAUCAACUUAGUCUGCACUCACGCACACACACACUCCAACAUAGUAUGCAAACACACACACAUCAAUCCUUAUUUUUCCUUAAAAUAGCUUGAGUCACUUUUUUGAAUCAGAAUUUGUACUUUCUCUGUUAAUGUAAGUUUGUCCUGAGGGUGAUGAUGAGCUCAGGACAUCCACCCUUCUGAGGAGGGUGAUGAUGAGCUCAGGACAUCCACCCUUCUGAGGAGGGGAUGAUGAGCUCAGGACAUCCACCCUUCUGAGGAGGGGAUGAUGAGCUCAGGACAUCCACCCUUCUGAGGAGGGGAUGAUGAGCUCAGGACAUCCACCCUUCUGAGGAGGGGAUGAUGAGCUCAGGACAUCCACCCUUCUGAGGAGGGGAUGAUGAUGACUGUGAUCAUGUAAGACAGGAUGCUGCUUUUAUUAUUAUUAUUACUAUCAUUAUUAUUGAUGUUAUUAUGAUUGUUAUUAUUAUUCUAGUUGUUGGUGGUGCUGGUGUGUCCAGCCCAGACAGACACAGAAUGUAGCGGAUCAAUAAAAACCAGAGGGUGAAGGUCCUCUGUGGCCACGAUGUC